GAUGUGAUUCACGGUUAUCGCACGAUUUUCCCCGUUCCGCUCGGCGAAGCGGCGAGUUGGGAUUUAGUUUCGAUGGAAAGAACGGCGGCGAUCGCGGCGGCUGAAUCGAAGGCUUCGGGCGUUCAUUGGACGUUUGCACCGAUGGUUGACAUUGCGCGUGAUCCGCGUUGGGGACGCGUCAUCGAAGGCGCGGGCGAAGAUACUUUUCUCGGUUCAAAAAUCGCUUUUGCGCGUGUGCGCGGUUUUCAGGGAACCGAUUACAGCGCGAAUAAUCGAAUUUUAGCAACAGCAAAACAUUGGGUCGGCUACGGCGCAGCGGAAGCCGGACGCGAUUAUAAUACGACCAAUCUUUCCGAACGCUCUUUAAGGGAAAUUUAUUUUCCGCCUUUCAAAUCUGCGAUCGAUGCCGGAGUCGAUUCGUUUAUGACUUCGUUCAAC